UAAUCCCAGUUCAAGGAGGAAAUAACGAACUGUUUUUUACAGGCUAUCAUAAAGUAGCUAGUCAUUUGUCUACGGGUUUCCUUUUCGUUAACAACAUCUAUUUCAGCGGUGAAUUAGUUGACGAACGGUUACCUCACACCGGCUGUCGUCGUUUUGCUAGCACCGGGGCAGCAAGAGCCCCAAAUCCGAUGUUACGUUAGCGUCCUGGCUUCUUCACAAAGAGUGUAUAAAGUCGUUCAAGAUGCUUGCUGAUUAAAGUUGACUGGAAAUCUUGUUAAUCCAGGCCAUCAUUGUCAGCUAACGUUAGCUCCCUUCCUGGUGAGCAACCCGAAAGAGCUGUCAACCAGUUUAGCGGUUAGAAACAUUAUUAAGGGUUUGGUAGAGCCAUGUCAGAUGAAAAUACACAGUUCUGUGGCAAUUGCAAACAUGAUAUUCCUGAGGCAAAUUUUACUACCCAUGAGAUUCACUGUCGAAGAAACAUUGCACUGUGUGAUGUAUGCCAGGAGCCGGUGCCCAGGUCAGACCUGCAGGAGCACAAACAGCAGGAGCAUACACAGAUUACAUGCAAAUGUGGUUUGAAGAUUGAGAAGAAUCAUGUUGAUGUUCACCAGAGCUCUGAAUGUUCUCAGCGGCUGGUCCCGUGCCAAUACUGUGAACUGGAGAUUGUUUUCAGUCAGUCCAAAGAACAUGAAGAUUAUUGCGGUACACGCACUGAGCCCUGCUCAAACUGCAAGUGCAAUGUAAUGUUGAGGGAACAAAAUGUGCAUCCAGUCUUAUGUCCAAGCCUCACACCACCCCAGGAGAGGAACAAUAGCCGGACAAGUCGCAGUUCAGUAGAACCGCAGUCUCCGGGACCAUGGUUUGAAGCCCAUUCCAUCCGAAACCUUCUAGGAGCCCAAGAGAGAGGCCCAAAGAAUAAUAACAUCAGUGCAGCAGAGCAACAGGGAUUUCCCCACCCAUUUGAUACCAGAGUUUAUAACACUUCAGGGGGACCUCAAGGAUCAGGAGACUGGAAGAAUUCUGCCCCUAGAAAUACAUUUAGCCACAUGCUGGAGCAGAGGGAUUUUCUGACCAGCAGCAGCAGCAGCAGUACAUGGCCUCAUAGUGAGCUCACCCUUGAUGAGGAUUCAUCAGGCCUGGACUACAUGUUGGCUCUCAGCCUGCAGAGUGAUGGAGAAUCUGUGGCUGGAGGUGUAGAGGGCAACGUGUGGAGUGGUAUCUGGGACCACAAGUUUGGGAAGACAUUUAACACCUCUGUAAACUCUUCACUCUCUCUGCCCAACAACAACUACCCACACUUCACUACCAGCACAAGUACAGUCCAGGAACAUGAUCAAACAGAUACCAUGCUGCCUUGUGAGUUUUGCGAAGAGCUGUUUCCUGAAGAGGACCUCAUUUUGCAUCAGACUGGGUGCAGCCCCGCCUCUGCCUUUGCGUCCUAUAGCAAGCAUCCCACGUCUCCACCUAAAGAGGACCGGAUGAGCAGGAACGCAUCAGGGCUGAUGCACAAUGUCCCUGACACACUCGCUUCAAACAUCCCCACUUUCCAUCGGUCGGUCUCCCCGGCCUCCUAUAGUCCUCCAGCCAGUCCACUAGAGGGCGAUGUGGUUAUUCCAUGCGAAUUCUGUGGCAUUGCUCUAGAAGAGGCUGUUGUCUUUCACCAUCAGGACAAAUGUGACAUGCGUCCUCAGACUGCUCAUCCACUGAAUAAUCUAACAAGAACAUCUGUCAAAAAACCACUGAGUCCUGGAAAAGAGACCUUUAGCAGCAUGUCUCCAGAUUUUCAAGGAAGAGUAAAGCACCAAGGUAACUUAUUGGAGGAGGACUUUGGAUUUGACAGAGACACACCACAAGGACAAAACCCAAGGGAAUGGCAGAGAGGCUACAUUGGACGACCAAGUCAAAGGAAGACGUCCAACUGUGAUGUUUCUGUCACCACCAGACCACAGCAUGGCAGGGAAGCAGAGGGGGCUCAGUCGUCUUUCUGUGACACUGAGAAGUCUGGUUCUGUAUCUUUAAAGGGACUACUACCAGAAAAUAAAGAAGGGAGAGGGAACAUAAGGAAUCCAAUGACAAAGAAACACAAUUCCAACUUCUGUGCGUUCAAGUUCAAGUUGCCCAAGAAGCAGAAUGAAGAGCAGGAGGAAGAGUGAGAGCAGGGACGUCUGGAGAAGUAGACAAACCAAAUCUCAUACUCUGCUUUUCAUUUAUCUUUUUGCACACUUUUGAAAAUGAAACACAUACCUAUCUAAUAAGUGCCUGUGUGAGUAUUAGUAUCUUGCAGUUUAUAUUUUCAUGAAUUCUACUAUUCAAGUGUAAGUAAGUAUUUUGGUUUAUUCAUGCAUAUUCUGCUUCAUUUCAAGAUUUGUUUCAAAGGUUUGUAUGUCUAACAUCUAGCCUUAACAGUUAAAUUAAAAAAUCAAUUUUUAUUUACAGUGAUUUGAAGUUUUUUAUUUUUAACCGUACAAGUCGUGUCAUGGCUUAUUAAGAACAAUGAGAACAUCAAACACAGACACAUGACUUUGUCAGUGUAGAUUUGUCUAACUUAAUCUUUACCUUGUUGCUUUAGCCAAGGACAAUUUGUUUUCUCCCCUGUUUGCCAGUUCCUUCCUGGUUUCUGCAUCCUUAUGUAACCUAAAGCACUUUGAUAGAUUAUUUUGUUUAAAAAGGGCUUCAGGAACAGAUUUGAUAAAUUUAUGCAUCUUUGACCAAGAAAAAAAAAACUGUAUUAUCGAACAUUUGUCUUUUUAUACUGUCUAUCAUUUGUCUUUAAUACUCCUCAGUAAUUUUGAUUUUUUUUUUUUUUUUAUCUUAACUAUAGAACUCUAUAUAUGUGCUGUUAUGAUGAUGGCUUUUGAAACAGUGUCUCCUGUCCAAUCUUCUUUUCAUAUAGUAUGAAAAAUGUUGUGUGCUGCUCCUCUAAAUAGAAUUUAAGAUUGAUAAGAAGUGUUUUGUGUGUAACAUAGGGUCCACCUUAGAAAUACAUAUAAAGUAGGCAAGUAGGCAGAGGUUGAGAGUCUUGAGAAAUGGCAGAGCAUUUUCUUGAUUAAAACCUGAUCAACAAGCUCAACUAGUGAGGAGCAAGUAAUCAGUGAAAUCACCUGGUGUGGUGUUUUGAUGGACUGUAGGCACUCAUAGCACAUGGCUUACUACUCCUGUUUAAGAACAACUUUCUUGAUGCCCUUUGUCUUGUGUGGCUAUUAAAUGUUUAAUGAUAACAUUCAUGGUUUUUAUUUUGUGUUCAGUCAGUGUUGUUUCAUACAUCCUUCUAUGUCUAGCUCACCCCAGUUCGCCAGUCAUAAUACCGAAACCCUACAUAGAAGUAAAGCUAAAAGAUAUUUUUUUAAUACCAAGAUUACAAACAACUUAAUCACUUCAUUUGUUUCCUGCCUUGUUAACUUCUUAUCUUAUCUGGUGCCCUUUGUGUGAGGGGUGACUAAAGACUCUAAAGAGCAGAACUAGCUUCGAUAACUGCUGCUGUUUUGAAUGUAUUUGAUGUGGCAUCAGAGUAUAGAUACUUUACAGUCACACCAUGAUCAAGCAAAUGUGUAUUGUGAUUAUUAUUAACUUUACAUGACUGAAUAUGAAGUUUGGAAAAACCUGAAUCUUGGUGAACGAACCAUUAAUCAUACAUGAAAUAAGCUCCAAUACAUGUUUUUGAUCACAAAGUUGUAUUUCUGUCACUGUUAAUGUCACAUAAUGAGGAAGUGAUGCAUGCUUUUGCAUAAUAAGGUAGUAGCACCUUAGACCUUUAGUAUGUAAAGCCUUAAUGGUUAUGGAAAGAAAUACAGAAGUUCUCUUUUGAUUUGUUCAUUUAUCACAAGACCAAUUACUGAAUGUCUUAUAAAAGGCUGAAGAAAAAAACAUUGUACCUAUUAUAAUGUUGGAAAAAAAUACACUUCACUGUCUGGUCAUUAAAGGGAAACUACCUUAAAGUA